CUUGGACGAAUUGUGGAAAAGAAGUUUGUGCUUCGUAGGCGAUAUUAUUACUGAACUGUAUCCGCGGCAAUCCGCCAGUUAGUUAGUUUUAAAGGGAUUCAUAUCCGUUUGUGAACUGUUUACCCAUUUGGACGGACCAAGACAAAGGGUUCGUUCGUUGGGUCUGAGUGGUACUAAAUGGUUGCCUGCAGACAGCAUGUCUACUCUGUCGGGGAAUGUGUCGAAGGGGGAGAAAGGAAAAUCCAAGUUUCAAUCAUUAGACAUCAAUAAUUUGUACAGGACUAGUAGGGGAGAAGCUUUAGAGCAACAUCAACAAAAGAACACAAUACCACGCAAACAUGGAAUGCAGAGUUUGGGAAAGGUGCCUUCGGCACGGCGGCCACCUGCUAACUUGCCCAGUCUGAAAAGUGAGCAUAGCGGCAGCGACCCAGCAGUCAGUCUUGUACCAAGCGGUGGCAGUGGUUGGGCCACUACCAAGGAUCCUGCCACCCCAACUACUAACACCACUAGUAACGCCACUACUACACCCUCUACAAACACUGAUACUAACACUAGUAAUACACCUUCGACACAAUGUGCAACGGGACCUGCUCUGGCUACGGUAUCGCCACACCCACCACUGCCAGGACAGCAGAAUAUUUCACAGACAGGGCACUCCACUGCACAGUCAUGGAGCGCAAUGUUGAGCAGACCUGGAGAUGUCGGUGGGCCCGUCGUGGCAGGAAUCGUUGGUUACGCAGGGCUCGUGGGGGGUGGGAAAGGGGGAAGAGGUGCCCUUGGAUUGAGCUUCCUCGCCCACCAGUCCCCACAGUUCCAACACGAGUUCCCCAGCCUCAGUGGCCAGCCAUCUAUCUCCAAUCAGAGUCAGACUCAACAGUAUUCGACAACGCCGAACGCAAAUCCUACUGCGAUAUCGGUUGCUGCUCAACAACAGUCGUUGCUGCCACAGCAGUCCCUUUCCCACAGCCACUCAGGCGAUGGCACAACAGGACCCCAGCAGCAACAACAAUCUCAGCAGAACAGGGAGCUAAAUGCCCAGUAUGGUCCAGGACCCAGUCUACGUCCCCAAACGGAAGGCAGUUGGCUUCAAGGUGGAAGUCGCACAGCAAGCGGAGUUGGAGCAGCGGCAACUGGGCCAGGAAAUGGGAGUACUCCGGGGGCCCAGGUCCCCCCACAUAUUGGCAUAGGAGGACUACCGGGACAUGCAGAAGGACCCGCCGGCGGGCGGUCCAACUUGGGCCAAUCGCUAACCAUGGGCAUGGCCCAGGCAGGCCCUAAUGGUCCUCCAAGCGGGCAAGGGGCUGUUAACCCUGGUACCCACCCAGUUCCUCCAAACAUGCAUAACUAUCAAGUACUGAUUGAUCCUUUUAUGUAUAGAGGCAGCUACCCUGGAGGAUUCCCCACGCAAUUCCCACAAAAUAUGGGGGCUUGUGGCCCUCGACCUCGAUUCAACUACCCUCAAGGACGGUUCCCGCCUCCACCGCGCCAGCAAGAGCGUGAACGUCCUCCCGUACCAGCAGAUGAGGAAAUAAUCACCCGACCUAUCAUAAAAGAGGAAGAUUUGACCAGGAUGGAUGAUAUUUCACGUGAUGCUGGAUGGGCUGCCCAUGACGAUAUUGAUUACAACCAAAAACUGGCUUUCAGUGAUGAUGAGCUAGAGCAAGAACAACAUAAAAAAGAUGACAAAAAGGACUUCAAAGAUGACAAGCGCGAAGAAAGUCAACCUGAAGAAAAAGAGAAGCCAAGAGAUAGGGAAAGGGAGCCCAGGGACAAUCGUGAACUACCACAGCCACAAUCACAGUCACAAUCACAGUCCCAGUCCCAGUCCCAGUCCCAAUCACAGACACAGUCACAGCCACAUCGAUCAUGGAAUCAAGGAACUCAACCACUGUCUCGUGAUUUUCGUGGAACGAAUGGCCCCGUUAACUAUCCUCCGCAGCAGCAAAUGCGUACUCCUCAUCCUCUUCGAGGUGUUGAGGAGGAAGAAAUAUGGAAUCAGAGACGAAGGGAACAAGGGGAAAAGGUAGCUUCGACAGUAGAGCGGGCUCGCCAGCGUAAGGAAGAAGAAGAAAGAAGAUUCCAAGAAUCGACUAAACAAGCCGCAGCUAAGAAACUGCAAGACUUGGAACAAAAAAUAAAGGAAAAGCACGUGAAACAAAAAGAUGAUGAUUCCGGAUCUUCUUCCGAACCUAAAUCUUUGAUCAGUAUACCUUCAGCAAUUAUCCCAGUUCCCGAUUGGGAAAGAGAUAGGGAGAAUCGGGAAAGCCGUGAGCGGGAUAGGUCUCGUACCUCUUCCGAAGGUAAAGACGAGAAACCUGUGAGUCGGGAAUCUCGCGAAAGCCGCGAUAGUCGAGGCACUCGGGAUACCCGAGAUAAUCGGGACACUCGCGAUACUCGUGAUACUCGUGAUACUCGCGAUACUCGCGAUACUCGUGAUGCUCGCGAUACUCGUGAUGCUCGCGAUACUCGUGAUACUCGCGAUAUUCGCGACAGUCGUGAUCAGACUGUGUCCGAGUUUAGACAAAUCAUCCAAAUUGAGCGGCCAAGUUUUAUGAGGCAACAAGAUAUGUCACGUAAUGAACGGGACCGCGAUCGUGAUCAACGAGAAAUAAGGGAUAGAGAACAGCUAUCAUAUUCUACACAGUUCCAGAACAAUUUGCCUCCAAGGUUCCAGAAGCAGCAGGCUGAAAGAACUAUUGUGGCAUACAACAGGAUUUCUCCAAACGCUGAGAGACCAAAUGCUCAAUCAGUACCUUUCUCUCAACAAUAUGAUCCUAGCAGAUGGGUACACAGCAGUCACCCUAAUAUGCCAAACAGUGUCAAGAAGCAAUCUCAUUCCAUGCCACUACCACCCCAACGUAGAAAUCGCACUGAUUCUGAAUUGUCUGGUCCCAUUGAGGACGAAAGGCCACCGUCAAGGGAUCACCGUGGUCUGUCAAGAGAUGACCGUUAUCGGCAUUCGUCACACAGACCAUAUGAUGGUCGUAAACCAUCCACUGGCAGUUAUUACGAUGAUCAUUCACGCUACAGAGAAUAUGAAUAUGAGGAAAGACAUUCUCGUGAUUCAUGGGAGCGUGAUAGGCACUAUGACGACAGGGACAGAGAUAAUCGAGACAGGGAGAAGAAAGAAUAUGACAAUUAUCCCAAGCAGAGUUCAGUACCACAAGAACCGUUCGAUGACCGCGAAGCUCCGAGGGAACGUUCAGAAAAUCCUGAGUGGCGAGAUGAUCGACGCGACAUACACGACCGAUUGCCACAAGAAAGGCAAUCUUCUGAUAAUCGCCGUGAUCCUCCUAGAGAUGAUCAUAUUGAACGUAAUGAGCGCCCCCAAAGACCGGAUUCUCGAGAUAGCCGUGCAUCUCGCGACUCUAGGACUUCCUUGCGCGAUGAUGAAAUGCAUAAAUCACGAGAUUGUGGAUCUUGGGUUAAUGACAUUUCCGACUAUGAAGAGAAAAAACGAGACUCGUACCGCGACGAUAACAGGGAUCGUAGACAGCCACCUGGUCCUGUAACCAGGGAGAAAAUUGAAGCUGAUGAGUUGAAAGGUGAAAAACGCAGUUUAAUACAGCUGAAACGUUCCGGAUCUGAAUUGGAUAGAAAGGAUAGCAGCAAAGAUAGUCCCACCGAAGUUAAAAAAGAACUUGAUGCAUGGAAUAGAAAACCAGAGCGUAGUUCAGAAAACAUUAGAAUCAACGAACGAGGUGAUAAUUCACCAAAAGCAUGGGCUGAUGCAGUUUCUCCAACAUUUGAAAUGGAGAAUGAAAAGCCAUUGCUCGAGCCGAUGAAAGAUAAUAAGGAAAUAGAUGAAAUGAAACAAAGUAUGGAGAAACUAAGUGUUGAUAGUAAAAGAGAAGAGAUAAAUGUAGAAGUUAAAGAUGAUUUGAAAGAUGAAAAACGGGAUAAAAAUGUCCGCACUAGAACGAAUAGUGGCAGUUCCAGGGGUCGCGAAUCUGGACGCAGUACUAGACAAUGGGGAGGCUAUAGCGUUUAUACCCGAGGCUGGCGUGGUUCAGAUCAGCGGGGCAAUAGGCGUGGUGGAUCGAGGUCUUUGGGUAGGCCAGGUUCUGCAAGAAGUGGUUCUUACGGUCAUACAGACUCAGAACUUAGCGGGGAUGAAAUCUCUGGGUCAACUGAAUCUGGAAAAGAGGAAAGAAGACCUGCUCGCUCGCCUAAGCCUUCUCAGAAGUUAGAAAAAGAAGAUCGUAAUCGCGAAGUCUCACGCCGCGAAGACAAACGAAGCGAUUAUCCCCAGACUCGCAGCGAAAAACGAGGGUAUGAGAGCAGGUCUAGUCGAGAGGGGUUUGCACCAUGUGGAGAACCAUCCAAACGAGGUCGGGGGGGGUUUCGAAAUCGGGGCGCUAUCACAGGUGGGCGCCCCAAGACUUAUGGGCCACCGCCGAGCAAAAGCCCUUUUUCAACUGAACGAAGCGCCGAUGAUAAAGAAUCUGGACAAGCAAAACCCUCCACUCCCACUCCAGAAAGUGACAUGCCAGCCUCCAAUGUUCAAUCAGAGUCAACCGAAGAUAAGGUUAUUGCCAAGCAACAAGCCUUGACGGCUGGCAUUACCGGAAGACAUACCAAAUCUCCGAGUCAGCUGAGCCAGCAGCAGGGUAAUAACAAGCAAGAUUCUAUGCAAAUGCAGAAUCAAAAUACAACUUCACAAAGAUCGCAAAGCAGAAAGGAUGAUGGAAGGACUAAAAGGAAUCACAGCGGUAGUAGGCGGACCCACGUUAGGGAACAUCGCGACGGACGUUUCCGUGGCAAUUCUAGCAGUAAUGUUGCCAAGCAAAAUUCAUCUGACGUUGGAAAUGAUGACUGGGAGACUACUUCGGAUAAUAGUGAGGAACACAUCGAAGAUCGUAAAGAAUCCCGAAAUGCCCGUAACAAGCCGUUUUCAAGUCGAGGAAAUCAGAGCUCUCAUCAGAAUCUAUUGGGCAAUAAUCAACAUUCUCGUAGAAAUGAUCAGCCAAUAAACAACAGAGAACAGAGGGAGAGAAACUCAGCCAAACCAGCAAAUACUUCAUCUCGAGCUCCCGGAGCUGAAAAACGCAAUGCACAGAAUGCAUCGUAUAACAAUCAACGCAAUCAUUCUGGAUCUAUACCACCAUUGAUGCAAAAUACUCAAACACAAAAUGGGAGGCCUAGAAGUCAGGGAUCUGCUAACAGUGGUCCCACUUCUGGAAAGUCAAUUAACAAAGAGAGUACAGUUAAUCGUGUCGAUGAAAUCAAACUGAAUGAUCCGAAUCUAAUAAAUCAAGCUUUGAACGACAUAAGUAAGAAAUUUGUGACAAAAGAAAAGAAAGUCCUUGAUGGUGAUUCGGAGAUGAACAAUUAUUCUGGUGGUGGUGAUGAUGGAGCAAACAGUAAUGAAGAUAAAGUGGAUGCUGACGGAUUUCAAGAAGUCAGGUCAAAAAAGAAUGUCAAGGAAUCAAGGCAUAGCCAAAAGGAAGAAUCAAAACCAAUAAGACGAGAAAAAGAGAAAGAAGGGGGACGAGAUAGAGAUCGUUCCAAAUCUAAAUCUAACGGCCCUCAGCCCACUCCACAGCAAAUUCAAAAUAUUCCACCCUUGUUAGGUCAACCGAUUCCUCAACCUGCUAACUUGCCGCAAAAGCAAUUCGACAGGGACAGAAAUGUUAAUCGACAGACUCUGGCUCCUCGAUUCAUAAAACAACGUUUGGCUAAGCAACAACAGCAAAUGGGAAUCAAUGAAGUCAAUGACCCAAGCAAAGUUAAUUCAAAUAACAUCUACUCAAUGAAAGACUCUGCUGCUGGUCCAGCUCCACCGCCGUCAGUUAAUGCGUGGGAUACACCCUUCACUAGCCAAAUAAGAUCUAAUUCACCAUCUUCCGUUCCUGCAGAUAUACAGCUCAUGUCAGGCCUAACUGGUCAAAAUGAUCACAAUCACGAAACUAGUGACCAAGUGAAUUCUCGAGGUAGUAGCCAAAGGAAUUCACCCAGUGCAGAAAAGACUAUUAAGAUGACUAAAGAAAUAAUGGCUGAGAAAAAUGUAUCUGAUGGCACAUCACCUCCUGUCCAAACAUUAAUAUUCGAAAAUACAAACUAUUCAAAAACUACCAAAUCUGGAUCGUCAGAUAUGGCAAUGAAAUCGAAGUUUUCAAAUCACAUUAAAACCCAGCCACGAGUAGAUAAACGUGGAGAUAUGGAUGAAGAUAAUCAAUUGCAACAGCAUCAGCAACAAGCCUUGUCUGCUGCAUUUUCUAACAAAUCUAACGAACUUAUGAAAGAAAAAACACAAGAACCAAUUCAGAUGCCAUUAUCUUUCAGCAAAAAUGAAGACAAUGCAGAUAUGAAAUUAGACUUUACUUUUGACUCUGAAUUAUCCCAACUCACUGAAGAUGCCAAAACCAAAUCCUUGGGAAUGCCUAGGUCGAUUCAUGUGACUGGGGGUCAAAGCACUAUUUUGCCAUCGACUGCAGAUCUCAAUCUCAAAAUAGCUUCGGUGAAAAAAGUCUGGGAAACUGCACCUCCAAUGCCUACAGUGGUCGAACAUGAAGAUGGAAAUGUUGUUACUACCGGCAACAGUUACCCUCAACCUUUUGAGAGCAACGACGUCGAUGACAGCUACAGCCCCCAUCAACAAUACAAUCAGAACAAUAUGAAGAAUGAAAUUGCAACUUCUACAAACGUAUGCAAGCUGGUUCCCCCGCAGGUGAAGCCGCAGCAACAGUCUGCCGGAAAUACUGGAGCUCAACCUGGCUCAACGGUUCCUGGACCCAGUCCAAUUGGACCAGGCCAAAGUCCAAUCGGUCACCCUUCAGCUGGCCUACAAGGGCCACUAAGUCCUCCCCCAUUCAACUCAACUGGGCAACCAUCCCACAUAAAUUAUCAAGAAUUUCCCCAGUAUCCAGGAUCUCAAGCUGCGCAAUAUGGUGGUAUGUCUGGUAUACCGUCUCCGUCUCCACCGGCUGUCUUAUUCAACACUGGAUCAGGUCAAUUACCUGCACAGGCUGGUGGAUUAUAUGGAGCUUUCCAACUGGAUCAAAGUCGGUCUCCUUUUACUCAGUAUCCACCUUAUGCUCAGUCGUUGCAGAGCUCUUUCAAUCAACAGAACGUGUACUUGCCACAACCACCACCACCACCGCAUGCACCAAGUGCCACACCAGACAUAUAUCAGAACAACUUGUCUCAGUACAGAAUUACACCUGCCGCGGCUCCACCAUUUGGUCAAAAUCAGCAGCUGAGCAAUAAUCCGAAUACAGUCUUGAUAAGCUCCUCCUCAAAUUCUCUCAUGUCUUCUAGUGUAAAGCCAUCUACUCAACCAAUUGGCGCUAUAGGGACCAAAGCUCCACAUUUUCAAGCUCCGUCUGCUCCACAGCCGAAUCAGUUGGCCUACAUCCAUACCGCAUAUGAUCCGAACCAGGUUAUAGGUGUGAGUGGUAGCUAUAUGAGUAACUCACAAUUGGUGCAGCGACCUGGACCAACUGUUCAACCGCCUGCCAACAGUUACUACAGCGCUACCUCCGCCGGUAAACCUAACAC